GUUGCACGCAAGUAUCCUUUACAUAUCGUUUCCGAUGGCCUUCCUUACCAAGCUGGUGAGGAAGUCAUUCCGCAGGACUCCUUCAUUUCCACUACCCUUUCCCAGCACUGGGUUCCCUCUGGUUAGCGACUCGACCCUUUUAGAGGAGGAAAAUCUCGACGAGUACACAGCGGGACAGUACUAUCCCGCGAACAUUGGAGACGUUUACGAUGAAAGGUACCAAGUCCUAGGCAAGCUGGGCUUCGGAUCUACUUCGACUGUGUGGCUAGCCCGCAAUCUUCAAGAACACCAAUAUGUGGCUUUGAAGAUCUACACCCGCGACGGUGGCGAUUUGGAAGAAUUCCAAAUGUACGAGGCCCUUGGGCAAGGAAACUAUUCGCACCCUGGAUAUCCCCAUGUUCGCACCGCUCUGGACACCUUCAAGCUCAACAGACCGGAUGACAGCGGUGUCAUACAUCACUGCCUCGUACAAAAGCCAAUGUGGGAUAGCUGGAGAGACGUCGUGCGUUGGAAUCCGGCCGGCCUGUUCAGCGAGGAACUUUUGAAAGCAGGCCUUGCAAAACUGUUCUUGGCCCUCGAUUACCUCCAUUCGGAAUGCAAGAUUGUCCACACAGACAUCAAGGCAGACAACAUCAUGAUGGAGCUGGUGGACGAGUCGGUCCUAGCGGCGUUCACACAGUCUGAGAUUGAUCAUCCUUCACCCAGGAAAUUCGUGGAUGGGGCCCCGAUAUACUUAUCCCGACAAUUUGGCCGCCCCAGGCAGUUCGGCAACGUCGUCCUGGGCGAUUUUGGGGCCGCAGUUCGGGGUGAUAAGAAGAGGAACCACGACGCGCAACCAAACGUAUACAGGUCUCCUGAGGUGAUGCUCAAGACCGAAUGGAGCUAUCCUGUCGAUAUAUGGAACGUUGGCGUCAUGAUUUGGGACUUAUUUGAGGGAACACAUCUCUUCCAAGGUAAGGACCCGAAAGAGAAUAGCUACCUAACACGCGCCCACCUGGCCGAGUUGGUGGCCUUAUUGGGUCCGCCGCCGACGGACCUUCUGCGACGUGGAAAGCGGAGCAGCGAGUUUUUCGCAGAAGAUGGCGAAUGGAAGGGCGACAUCCCAAUCCCGCAGCUGAUGAGCUUCGAGAAAUCGGUUACGCGGUUGGAGGGCAAGAAAAAAGGAAGCAUUCUUGGGGUUUGUCAAAGGUAUGUUGCAAUGGCGGCCUGAGGACCGGAAAACGGCCAGGCAACUUUAUGACGACCCUUGGCUUCGGAGUUGAGCGUGCCCGAGUGUGAUAUAGGUGGGUUUCGGGGGGGGGGCAUCUAAGCUGUUGGCUAAGGCAGUACGGCCGGCGAGUACCUCAGCGAAAGCCAGAUACUGCGACGCAGUGGAGGACUUGAUCACCCUCGUCAGUCCUUUCGCAUGUCGAGAGGGUAGCUCUGAACCUAUGAAGUCCAUUCAAAACGGAACCAGGCCCAAGAUCUCGACAAAGGAAUUAGAGGAAAACUUGCUAGAUUGAUGAAUCUGCGACUUAAGGGGUUGUUCACUUUUGUUGGUUGAAUAGCAAGAAGGAGUAGCGAGUAACUUAUCUCCAUGAAUACGAUUUUUUCCGCAUUAAC